GGUGUACUGAACUGCAACGGCAUUCCCACAUCGGGGAUGCGUCGCCGCCGCUUCUAGGUCUUCUUCUUCUCGGUGACCGGCGAGGCAGCCGGCGGCCCGGCGCGGCUUUGCCGGCGAGGGCUGUAGGUUGCCGGCGCGUGCGACGUGCUCCGCGGUGAGCGCACGGGGGCUGCCGUGACCUAGCGGCCGCACCACGCGGCAAUUAAUGCUUCGUGCCUCCCAGUGAGCUGCCUUGAUCGGCUGACACCCUCUCCGCAGCUUCACCCGAGAUGGAGGAUCUCCCCAUGGGGCGGCGGAACCCGGCGGCCAGCCUCACCGACGACCUCGUCGUCGAGAUCCUCCGCCGCCUCCCCGUCCGCUCCGUGUGCCGCUUCAAGCGCGUCUGCCGGUCCUGGCGCAACCUCAUCGCCGACCGUGAGCACCGCAAGAAGCUGCCGCAGACGCUGUCCGGCUUCUUCUACAAAAGCAGCAGCGGCGAGCGCUGCCCUUGCUCGGCGCACCACUUCACCAACGUCUCCGGGAAAGGGGUGCCUCUCAUCUACCCGUCAUUCUCCUUCCUGCCCCAGUGCGACACGGUCGUCCCCUUGGACUGCUGCAAUGGCCUCCUCCUCUGCCGCUGCUUCCAGCCCGGGCCUAACAACAGCGAUGAUGAGAUUGAGCCGUUCCAUUAUGCCGUGUGCAAUCCUGCGACCAAGGAAUGGGUGAUGUUGCCGGAUGCCGACUGGGCUAAUGGCGAGACCCGCAUUGCCUGCCUGUGUUUCGACCCAGCAAUCUCCUCGCAUUUCCAUGUUCUUGAGUAUGUGGAGGCUGAAUAUGAAGAUGUCACGGGGGUUGAGAUCUACUCUUCCGAAACUGGGUUGUGGACUCUUCAUGUGAGUGGAUGGGGCGAUGAUGUGUUUCUAAGGCAUUGGGCCAAUCCGAGAAGUGUUUUCCUUAAUGGUUUUCUGCAUUCUGCUACGUGUGCUGCUGAGAUUGCGGUGGUUGACAUGGAGGGGAAGAAAUGGAGGACCAUUGCUAUGCCGGAGCCUGAAGGUGAUACUGGCAUAAUUCAUCAAACUCAGGGUCGCCUAUGUGCUUUUAAUGUUGAUCCAGAUGACAUCUUCAAACUGUCAAUUUGGAUUCUUGAAGAUUAUGAUACAGAUAAUUGGAUAUUAAAGCACACCGUUAGCUCCUUGAGGCUGUUUGGAGGGAUGAAAUAUCGGUUUGGAUUUGACUACCAAAUAAUUGCAGUUCAUCCGGAAUGUAAUUUGAUCUUCUUUGUUUAUGGAUGGGACAAAACGUUGAUGGCAUAUGAAAUGGAUCGCAAGGAAGUUCGUGCUAUACGCAAUCUCGGACAUGACUCCUUUGAGCCAUAUCUACCAUAUGUUCCACUCUUUAAUGAGUCAUUAGCAGAUGGGUGCUAACGUGCAGAGUGUCGCUUCACUUCUAUCACUGCAAAAACAUCCUUUUGCACCAAGGAUAACCAAGCUAAGAGUGAGAAAAGCCAAUCUCUGAUAUUUAAUUAGGAAGUUCAGUUUGUACUAGAAUGAUGUCUUUUCCUUUGUGUUGUUUUGAGAAUGCUGCUAAGUCUGAUGGUACGUAGUAAGUAAAUUGGCUUUUGGAAAGUUUGUCAUUGUUCUGAAGUGUAUGACUUGUUUUAUUCUACUGGUGUUUUACUCCAUGGUAGUUAAGCUUGGAUGCCGUGUUCUAAGACUGGCAGGUCUUUUUGACUGUACCAGUGUUAUCAGUUUAGGGUACCAUGACCAAUGACCAAUGUUUUGGAACUUCAAUUGGAAGUUAGGAACAUAUCACAUAUGUACUUCUCGAUUUCUUCAUUCUUUUUCUUUUUUUCUUA